GGGGCGUGGCCGGCGGCCGGUCCGUCAGCUGCGCCGGGCCCUGACAACAAAGGGCUCCGCGGAGGCGGCGCGGGCGCGGCGCUGGGCUGACCGCGGUCUGGGUUUCACGUAAACUGUUUACAAGUCAUGCUUUUGCAUGUCCUGUACCUAAGCUGAUAAAGCAUCUAUGCACUUUAAUCUCAAGUCUAUGCCACUCUGCUAGUGUGAGCUGUGCCUUGAACCUUGGAUAUAAAGACCUACCUGCCAAAGUCUUGUUCCUGCCUUAGUAAUGUUCCAGAGGUUGAAUAACAUGCUCAUGGGAGAGAUUGAUAGCUUGUCCAGCCAAGAGCCAGAGUUCAGUGAGAAGGAAGAUGACGAGUGGAUUCUGGUUGACUUUAUAGCAGACACUUGCACUAAUUGCUCUGUGGAGGAAGCAGACAUUGUUGAAGCAUCGGCCACGGACAGCUCACCCGUCUUCUCUUGUUUAUCGUCUCCCUUGGAACACUUGCCGGAGGCCAGCGAGUCCUGCUUCAUCCAGUUUGAGUCAUGUCCUAUGGAGGAGAGCUGGUUUAUUACCCCUCCCCCGUGUUUUACUGCAGGUGGAUUAACCACUAUCAAAGUGGAGACCAGUCCGAUGGAGAACCUCUUAAUAGAGCAUCCCAGCAUGUCUGUGUAUGCUGUCCACAAUACCUGUCACAGCCUUAAUGAGACUGGAUGUGGGGAUGAGGAGCUUCACAGCCCAGGUAGUCCCAGGGCCAAGAAAAGCUGCUUAAGGCACGCUGGCACAACUGGAGGCUCGAAAUGAAACGGGACAGCGUGUUCACUGCUAUGUCACGGCUCUUGCUACUAGUUCAACUUUUCUGGAAAAAAACAAGAGCUUUCGUCCUACCCACUGGAUGAAAGAACAUCAUGAAAGACACUAUCUCAACAGAAACAGUCUCCGUCGCCAAAACCUUACCAGGGAUUGCCACUCUCGGCAAAUCAAGCACAACGGACUGUUUGUUCACCAGCCUUGCCAGCGUCAGUUCAAUUACUGAUGGUUCUUGUGGUUUUAAUCUAUGGUCUAAUUGUUUCUUAGGUUGCUCUUGUUUUCGUGUGUAAGUAAGUGUGGUCAAUCUGAAGCCGAUCAUCAAUCCCUCAAGCGCAAUCGUAACUAGUGUUGCAUUAUUUUUAAAAGACUCAUAAAUCUCCAAACUUCUUGCAUCAAGUUCUAAAUGUUGAUGUUAAAUAUCAAUGUCUUGGAAGCCUAUCAGUACGAUAGUUUGUGUGCUGUUUUAUGAACUAUAAUGUAUAGAUGGGUUCUUAGUUGGUAUUUUAAAGAAACUUAACUGAGAUGGAAAUCAGUUACGUUUUGCAUUAAUCAAAAUGGAGUUAGAAAAUUUGAGGUUAGCCAUGUGCUUUAAUGACCAGUACUUGACAGCUUGUGUAUCUGUCUGUAUUCAGCAUAUAUGAUUACUUUCUAACAAGGAAAUGCUAUAGCUGCCAGUGGAUAUUACAUAGCUGCGCUGAGCUGUUUCAAGAAGGACAUCUCAUCUAAACUCCUAAAACUUAUUCGUGUUAGUGGAGUAGGUGUGCUGGGUGCUUGAUGUGGAUAUUGAAAGAGGGUUAAGUCCCCCACCAUAUUGUUUCACUACAAUAUGGCACUAUUGUUACAGAUGUAGUACCUCACAGUGGAGUGGGAGGAAAGCUGAACCUUUGGGUGACGUGCAGAUGCACAACACAGAGAACUGAACUGGGGUUUACUAGGUAAAGUUUGAGUUUCUCUAACUAUUUCUGCCUUUGAAGCAUGUGUUUCCCCUACCCUGUCUCAUUUAAUCUCUAGUCCAGUUAAAGGAAGAAGAGGCUGGAUUGACUGUUCUUUUAAUCCUCUCAGUAGUUGACUGCUCUUCAGAGAGGUCAGGCUGAUAGACAGGUAUUUCUGAGCUACAAAUUGCUGUUAGAUUGUCUCAUAUUUACAGGCUGAGAGUAGCUUGGAAGUAGCUAGAAGGAAGCUUUUAUUCAAAGUUCUAAUUUUCUCUUUCUCUCUAUGAAAAUGAAAUCCAAGUUAAUGGGGACUGGAAAUGAAGGGCAGUGUGAGGCAGGGAGAAAUGGAUGCUGAGCUAAACACAGCAAUAGCAGUGUAUAAAAAUUGAUUAAUCAGCCACGGUUGUUCUCCUAGCCCACAGGAGGCAGAAGGACUGGAUAGCAAUUCCAUGGGCCAACAGGAAAGAAAAGCCAUUUAAAACUAUCAAGUAGAUUUCUUAAAACACUGUGCAAGAUGUUUUGGAAGUUGGCAAGCACUGCCAACUACAACUACAGGUAAAGUCCACCUGUUAACAAAAGCUAUAUUACACAGCCGUCAGUGGUAUGCUGAACCCUGAUAGAUCAAUCUGGGAGUAGAUUAAAUGAGUAUGGAAGUAAGGAAGCAGAAAUCUGCACUGAAAGAAGCGGGGCGGGGGGGGGGGUGUGCGGUAAAAGUAAGUUUAUCUUCCUUUCUGCCAGUGCUUAAUGUGACUUGCUGUUUUCCCUUGAGUUUAGUGCCUAGGGCAUUACAGUGUUAACAUUACACUCAGCUGUGUCUUCCAGUAGUCCUUACACAGAAGUUGGUAUGAGGAGUCUUUGAAAUCAGGCAAGGUCAAUAACGUGAAUUGUUCCAGACCUAUGAAGUAUUUAAAUUCAGCCAAAUGCUUCAAUUUCACUGAAGCAGAGCCCCAACAAUUCAAAUUGACCUUGGUGUAGUGGUACUGUUGCAUGUUCUGCAGCUGGAAUUUGUAGAACCUACUUAGCAUUCAGGGAACAGCAUUUAUAACCUAUGUUUCACUGCAGAUGUGCUGCUUUUCUGGGAUUAGGAUUGUCACAAAGGGAUGUUGAAAAUAAUAAAAUGUAUAAAAGCAAGAGGUGCUUUCCUGGAUACGCUAGAUUUUUGGGGUUGGGUGGGGUUUUUUGUGGGUGUGUUUGUUUGUUUUUUGUUUGGUUUUUGGUUUUUUUUUUUUGACAAAUUGAAUUCACAUGGACUCUGAAAGAAAACAGAAUUGGUCACAUCAUGAGUUUCCAAAAGAGAUAUUUUGUUACUGCUCUAUUAGCAGUAUGUACCCAUGUCCAUACAACAGUUCUUAUGUGGUCCAAAUACUUUGCUUUAUCUGCAAAUAGCUGCAGUUCACCAGUCUCUUAUCUAUUCACAAGUACUCUUACUUGCCUGAGAUUAUCUAUCUUUAUCACUCCAACUUUGUGUCUAAUUUAAACUUGCUUGUCCUCUUUCCUGCCAACUUUCUAGCUCAGGAAAAUUCUUUCCUUUCCUUUAUAUAGAAGUAACUAGUUUCCUUCAGCUUUAAUUUUCUUAAAGUGCAAUGAAGGAAGAUGGAGUCUCCACCUCCCUGUGUUGGAAGGAGUAAAUAAUCCCUUACCUCCUAAUGGGGAGAUGGAGCUGAGAGUAUAAGGCUCCCAGGCAUUAAAAUGAGAGCCUUGGUCUGUUCUUCUCAGUAGGCAAGUAAAUGCAACUUUAGACUGCUCCUAGAAUUGGGAGAUACUGAUCUUUUUAUACUGCAUUACUAGAUGACUUUCUGGUGAUGAAAACCUAUAUCUUUCAGGAUAUAAACUAUUUUGUUGCACAAAGCUGUGCUUCUCAAUUUGUAAUAUUGGAAACCGUAUUAUUGUGUGAGAUAGUACUACAUCAAUGGCUUUUUGUUAAUUUGUUUUACAUAUUUAUGUUGGUCUAGCCCUGUUUUGUGCCUGGAGCUAUUGGGCAAUUAGAUUUGUUUUGGUUUUCUGUUUUAAUAGUGAGCUGUGUGGCUUUUUAUAUGGGUUUUUUUUUUGAAUUGUAUUAAAGUGUGUGUUUUUUCUUGUAAAAGUGGAGGCCUUUUACUGUCUCAUACUGAUUGAUAUUCAUGAAUCUUGCUGAAAUUGUAUUUUCAUAUGCAUUGGUCAAUGGACAGAUUUGCAUUUUAAACUGUGCCUUCUACACAGCAAACUUGAAGAUUCAAAAGGGACAUUUCAGUUUGGAUUAAUACUGUACAUCAGUCUAUGCAUAUAUGGCAGCUUCUCUCCAGAGCCACUUCUCUAUUUGUAGCAGUCCUUUUGAUAUGGAAGAAUGUGUGGCUCUUAUUUUUAAUAGUUUAACCUGAGCUGAAAACAGACAAAAUACAGCACUUUGCCAAAAAAAAAGGUAGCAUUGCUUAACCAGUGUGUAUUUACUAAAGUGAUCUUCUGUAUUUUGUUUCCACAGUGUGUUCUGCGCACUGUGGGGAAACAUGAUCUUAACUCUCAAUAAAAAAUGGCCUAUUAAAAA